AUGGCUGCAAUCCAAUCUCUUCUCAACCCAGUCGAAGAGGGUGAGAACUACGAGAGCAACAACGACAGCAGGGACGAGCUCUCCGCCCACGACAGCCAGGCCUCGGCCGCGUCUGACACCGUUGGAAAUGGAUCUGACAAACGCAACCGAAAGAAGCAAAAGAUGUGCAAAGAUGCUGCAGUCUUCAAGCCGGGGGUCAUCCAUGGAGAAUGUCGAUACCCCCCUGAUGAAUACCAGGACGAGCUGCUGGAGGCGAAACAUCAGAUGUACGGAGUCUACCCGAUUGGCGACAUAGCAACCUAUCCAAGACAUAUCCCGUACAACAGUGAGAAGAGGCUGUUCUGGGAGAAGACAGGGCGAGAGAGCUUCGAAGUCUUCCAAUAUCAAUUCAAGAUACCAGGGGAGUCAAUUACAUACACCAUGCUGUGGGACUACAACAUCGGGCUAGUCCGUACGACACCUCUAUUCAAGUGUGGCAAUUAUUCCAAGACAACACCCGCGAAGAUGCUGAGCAGAAAUCCCGGACUCAAAGAACUUUGUCAUAGUAUCACUGGAGGAGCUCUUGUCGCACAAGGUUACUGGAUUCCCUACGACGCGGCCAAGGCAUUGGCUGCCACAUUUUGCUGGAACAUUCGCUACGCGCUGACGCCGGUGUUUGGAAAAGACUUCCCAGAGAUAUGUCUUCCUCCCGACUCUGAGAACUUCGGCUCCAUGCAGAUCGAUGCAGAGAUCACCAAACGCUGUGCUUUGAAAGCUCGACACUACCGUGAGCUUGAGAGCUUGGUAGCAUCGGGCCAGUCGUCGGGUAUAUCCAGCCCUCAGACGCCGCAGACGCCGAAGACUCCCCAAACUCGUCCUCAACUCAGAAUGAUCUUGCCCAAGCCCUACAAAGAGAGUGAAAAUACCAGCGAAUACUCGACCGACACCAGCCCUGAGGACAAGUAUGAGUUGUCUUCUCCCUCGCCCCAGGUUGCCUUUAGCAACCCUUGGUCCGCGGUCAACACUCCUCGCUCCCAUUCCAAGAUCUCUUUUGACAAUCCAUGGUCACCUUCCAGUACUACCAGGUCAUCUUCCCCCUACGGAACGUCUCGCAAAGGUCGGAUGGCAGCCAAUAUUCCAAGAUCACAUACUCCUCUUGACCUGUUGCCACCCCCGAGGAGGCCAUUGUUCUUCCCCACUCCGCCGAAGGAUAUCGAGGCAAAUGCUCCAGCUCCAGACAUGUUCCCUAGAUCGACUGUGGACGCCAUGGAGGUUGAUGAAGACUACGAUGCCGGGUCAGAUGAUUCUUCUGAGGACUCAAAGGUGAAGAAUAGUGUUGCCGCGAGGAAGAAGCCGUCAAGGGGAUUCACCGACACCAAGGCUGCUUAUGUAUUGAUGAAGUUGAAGACGCAAGGUGAGAUAUUCAAGGCAGAUGCGAAGUCAUUGAAGCGUCGGGCUUCAGCGUAG